AUGGUGGAUCUGUCUGACUCAGCUGUACAAGACAAGCGGCAGCAACAAAAUGCUAUAACAGGCACCAGUGAACACGCAAGAGACUCCCUUGCAGAAAUCUUUGACCGCUUUUGGGCCAAGCUGAUGGUGCACUUGCAGCCAGCGGUAACUCAUUACAAACCGUCCACACGGGACAAAGCCGAUGGCAAACGGAGGCUUGAGAAUCCACUUCAGGGCACAACUAAGCCCCAUGCUACAGACUCCCGCAUUAUGGGCCUGAGAGCAGCAGGGGGCACACCCCAGAGGCACCGGCCACAACGGCGGAGAGCAGCAAGAAGACGACAACUUAAAAAGGCCAACAAGACUCCCCGCACCAUCCCAAAAGGGACGACCCUGGACCAUGACUGUUCCCAGACUCGUGGCAAGAGGACACCAGCUCUCAAACAGCUCCGAGGCAGAAGAGGAAACCCACCUCCAAGAUGCCACGACUCUCCCCUGCUGAGACGAAAUCCCGGCAAGAGUCCCAAGCCUGGAAAGAAAUUGACCUCUGGCAGCCAUCGAGUACACGGCAGCGAGGUUCUUAUCCCAGUGCAAGUUAGGAGCAGGAGUUCCACUACAUACCGCAUCUGCAAGGUCACCCACCCUAGUGAAUGGUGCCCACAGAGAAGCUUUGACCACCUUUCCAGGCAUGCUAGCAAGGCCUCCUGA